ACCAGCCUGUCCCCAACAAUGCACACCAACAUCCACUCUCUCGUCAGGCUCCUCUCCCCCAAAAAUGAGCGCUGAGUUCUGCGCUGCUGCCGGUGUCGUGGCCAUGGAGCUCGGAGUCGGAGAUGUGCUGGGGCUGCAGCAAGGCAUCGCAAUCACCGCGCCAUCGCCCAGGGACAGCGACCUGGGUCUUCUCAAGCGAGCAGGCCUCACCCAGGCUGCGGCUGCUGCCCCCUACCCCUCCCCCUUCCUUGACGAGGAGAAGAUGCUCAGGUUCUCCAAGGCGGCUCACACAUUGCACUCAGGCUUGGAUUUUGGAGGCCCAGGUGAGCAGGCUUUCCUGCUGUCCAGGACCAAGAUGCCAUUUACUCCCUCGCAGUGGAUGGAGCUGGAGCACCAGGCUCUGAUAUACAAGUACCUCAAUGCAAAGGCCCCCAUACCUUCCAGCCUGCUCAUUUCAAUCAGCAAGAGCUUCAGAUCAUCCAAUAGAGUGAGCUGGAGGCCUCUGUAUCAAGGCUACACAAAUGCAGACUCUGACCCAGAACCUGGGAGAUGCCGACGAACGGAUGGAAAGAAGUGGCGGUGCUCCAAGGAAGCAAUGGCUGAUCACAAGUACUGUGAGCGGCACAUCAACAGAAACCGUCACCGUUCAAGAAAGCCUGUGGAAAAUCAACCUAAGAAGACCACCAAGGAGGUGCCUGCUGCUGCUGGCUCAUUGCCAUGUGCUGGGCCACAAGGUAGCUUGAAGAAGGCAAAAGUUAAUGACUCCAAGCCAGGCACUGUCAGCUAUUGGGCAGAUAGUUUAAACAGGACAAUGUUGAGCAGAGAGAAAGCAAACAAACCGACGGAAGAUAGCUCUUUGCUGCUUACUUCUACGAACAGCCAACCCACCUUGUCCCUGCUCUCUCAGCUGAAGCAGCAAAACAAACCAGAUAAGUUAGGCCCCACACUGGAAAAUGAGUCAAACCCAGACACAAUAUUGAAAGCCUGGGGUGGCAACCAGCCUAGCCACAAGAGCAUUUCCUCUACAGAGCGCCAUGAUGCUGAAUCCCUCCAAUCAGUCCUUCAAAAUUUCAGCCUAGCCCAGAAUGAGAAGAUGGAGUCAGAAAAGAACAAAUAUUCUGAUUCCGUGCUAGUUUCGUCGACUUUCUAUUCUGCAGACGGUCCAAGAGCUACCUGCCUUACACCUAACAUGACACAGGUGAAGCAGGAUUGCAUAUCAAGCUCUUGGGAGAUGCCUCAAGGUGGACCUCUAGGCGAAAUCUUAACGAACUCCAAGAAUAGCAAGGACUUAAGCAAGUGUAAACCAAGGUCAUAUGGUUGGUUGUUGAAUCUUGACCAUGCACCAUGAUUCCUCAAUCCAUGAAGAGCUUGACAUAGAUAUCCCAUCAUGUAGGCAAACAAUGGUCAGAAAAAGGUUAUGACCACAUUGCUUGCCCCAUGCAUGCUUGCUAUCUACAUUUGUAUUUCUGUUACGUAGCAUUUAGCUAGUUGAAUUAUCAGUUCUUCUGGAUACGGCUGUAUCUUAAACAAGUUCUAGUUUGUGUCAGAUGAUAUCUUGCUUGCUAGAUGUUUCAUGUUCCACUUUCAACAGGAACUUCAGACAACCACUUUGAUUGACA